UUGAUCAAGUAAAAAAGAAAAAAAUCAAUGAAGCAAAGAAACAAGGCCUUGCAUCACUAUUACCAAAGAAGAAUACUCGACCUUUACCACGAAAACAUAAAAUAGAAGAUGCAAAGAACAUUCUUAAUGAAGUAGCCGACAAUCGUAAAUUAAAAGACAUAAAAAAUAUUCUAAAUGAAGUAGCCGAUGAUGUACAAGAUUCUGAAG